ACAUUAAUGGUGGAAACAGAACUUCAACCCUGCUCGAGCUUGGUUAACGCUUCGGCAAUGUGUGCAAUAGAGCAAGGAAUGAAGGCUGAGAGUACUACUGUAAAUUUCAUUGCAGAGAUUGCAGCUGAACUGCAACGAGAGAGGGCCAAAAAUGCAGAGCUGAUGGAGAGAAUAUCAUCACUCGAAGCUCAAAUACAACAAAGGGACAAGGAAUCUCUUAUAACAAAUGAAAAAGCCAACUGUCUAGAUGCAGCAGGUCGAAGCUUCAAAAGACGGAAAAUGGAAGCCGCUGGUCAUAGAUUCAGAGAUGGAAAUGGUGUCGAAAGUGAAACAGCUUCUAAGGCGAGAAGCGAAACACCAGAAUUGCCUCACAUGGAUGAAAAUCACGAAGACCGGUUAAUUAACUGGAUGAGCAUGGAUGAGACCCACUUUUCAGGUUUCGAUAAACCGAAAGACGGUGACAUUGCCGGAGAUCAUGAGGAAACAGAUGACAGUGAUGACGAAGAUGAAUCUUAUGAAGAGGAUGAUUCCAAUAUUGUCUAUAAAGAUAGGGAGAGUGAAGAGAAUCAAAGUACUUGUGAAGACGAGCCUCGUACGGAAGGUAAAGGCCAUGGAAUGCAUAUAUCUUGCCUCCCAAGUUGUUCCAGUGGUCCGAGUGAGCUGACAUUGGCAAACACCAGCCGGUUAAUGAAAGAAAAUCGAGAAAAGGACUACAAACUACAGGACAUACAAGUACCUUUAACCCGAAGCAAUCUGAAGGAUAUACAAGUACCUGCAGAUAUGCCACCUUCAGGAGAAGAGCCUUGUCAAAUGGUAUCACCCGGAAAGGCAUUAUGGAAUAAGAAACCUCUGAAAGUCCCCUUCUGUCCAAAAGAAGUAAAGAAAAUACUCGAAUCGGAUGCACUUUUAUCGAAAAAUGCUCAGUCACACACCAUAAGGAAGAUCAUUGUUUUUGCAUCCCUUGGCAUAAGGCAUGGAUGUGAAGACAUGUUCGAGCUAGACUUCAAUCACUUCAGCAUUUUAAGGAAGGGGGAUCCAUAUGUGUCUCCAAAGAAUCCGGGGGAGCAUGUCUUGUACGAGAAUCCUGGCAUCCAGAGGAAGGUUUUCUAUCCGAAUCUAUGGAAUCCAACGCUAUGCCCUGUUCGAAUACUUGAGGAAGAGAAGACUAUGCGUCCUUCCGAUCCUAGCUGUCCAUCAUGCCUAUUUUUAUGCAUCAAGUAUGGUGGAAGGACAAGAAAUCUCCCUCAAAAUGAAUAUGUCAGGCAGCAAAUGGGAAGAAAUAAACUGAAGUCUUUUGGACCUAUCAUGUGCCAAAUAGCAAUGCUAGUCCAUAUUCGCAGUGGGAGCUUCUUCUUCAAGGCCUUGGGCAUCACACUUCUCUUCAUGGCAGGUUUCCCCGACGAUCUUGUUCAACGAGAAACAAAAUAUAGGAACUUAGACUUGCUGCAGAAGUAUUAUAGGUAA